AUGGAGGCAUCGCGCAGAGGAGUGAUUCCGGAAGAUGUGCAGACGACAAUCAGCACGUUGGAGAAGGCGGUGAGUGAUGUUGAAAAGCACAUUGAGAGUUAUCUCAAGACCUCCGUGGACGAAAUUACCAACGAUCUCAGCACGGAGGAUGGUGCCCGGCUUAGCGUGCUGCUUGCCUACGCUCUCAAUACGCUCUUCUACAUCUAUCUCAAGACACAAGGUGUGGACCCUGCCGACCACCCCGUCAAGGAUGAGAUCGAGCGAGUCAAAGAGUACAUCCAAAAGCUGAAGCAGCUCACACAACCCAAAGAAACACCCAGUAUGGUCCUGGACAAGCAGGCCGCCAAUCGAUUCAUUCAGCACGCCGUCAACAGUGCCAACGCAGAAAACGAGAGAUCGGAGGCUGCUCGCGAAGAGAAGAAGGAGAACAAGCGGAAGGCGCCCAAGAAGAAGGAAAAGGGCGGCAAGAACAAGAAGAGCAGCAAGGCGAAGUCGCCCAAGAAGAAGCUCAAGAACUAA